CUAUCUCUGCAAUGCAAAGGGGGAGAAAGUCCAAACUACAUUUCCCGUCACCCUCUGCUGGUGACGUCACGGCCACAUGUAGUUGGGGGCCGUUUUAGGUUUUUUUUGCGGCUUGCUGUGCCCGGGGAUGGCACCCGAGGAGAGGGCACUGCCGGACAGAUGGCCCCGGAUCAGCAAGUUCGUGCUGUCCGCCUGUGCUGCCAGUGUGGCCGAGCUAGUAACGUUCCCUUUGGAUCUCACCAAAACGCGUCUGCAGAUACAAGGGGAGGCGGCGCUGAAACGGUUCGGGGAAGGAGGCGCUGCUGUGCCCUACAGAGGGAUGGUGCGCACCGCUGUGGGUAUAGUGCAGGAGGAAGGGCUGCUGAAACUGUGGCAGGGGGCGACACCAGCAGUCUACCGCCACAUCGUGUACUCUGGAGUCCGCAUGGUGGCCUAUGAGCAGCUUCGAGACUCUCCACUUGGAAAAGGGGAGAGCGAGACGUUUCCUCUGUGGAAGGCUGUGGUGGGAGGAAUGGCUGCCGGAGCUAUUGGACAGUUCUUCGCAAGUCCCACGGACCUGGUGAAAGUCCAGAUGCAGAUGGAGGGAAAGAGGAGACUUGAAGGAAAACCCCCUCGAGUCCGAGGGGUCUAUCAUGCGUUUGUGACUAUUGUGUCCAAAGGAGGAAUUCGCGGCUUGUGGGCAGGUUGGGUGCCCAACGUUCAGAGAGCUGCACUGGUAAAUAUGGGAGAUCUGACAACUUAUGAUACCGUGAAACACUUUCUACUUCGAAACACAAACCUCAAGGACAACAGUUUAUGUCACAGUAUUUCUAGCAUAUGUUCAGGACUGGUAGCUGCUACUUUAGGGACCCCGGCUGAUGUCAUCAAGACCAGGAUCAUGAACCAGCCAAGAGACACGCAUGGCCGGGGGACAUUAUACAAGUCUUCCACAGAUUGCUUUAUUCAAGCUGUUCGCGGUGAGGGAUUUCUGUCGCUCUAUAAGGGUUUUGUUCCCACAUGGAUGAGAAUGGCUCCAUGGUCCCUGGUUUUCUGGCUGACGUAUGAGCAGAUCAGGCGGAUUGUGGGAGUCGCUUCAUUUUGACAUUAUUUUCAGGGUAUGAAGCCCUCGAGUAUAGUGCAGUUCAGGAUUCUUUACAGUACAAGCGUGCACCAUAGACCGGAGACACCUUAAGAAGAUGAUAAAUUCCUAUUGCUGAUUUGUUACACAAUUUUAAAUUAUUUUUGUAUAAAGAUUUAUAAAUUAUACUACCUAACUGGACCUAAAUAUUACA